AUGCCAGAGGGACCAGAACUUUACAAAAACGCUCAGAUGGUGAAUAGAGUUUGUAAGGGACUUGUAUUUAGCGGGAAGAUCGUAAAAUCGGCUGUCAGCACAAAGAACCCAGAUGUAACAUUUCCCGCUCGUGAAUUCUCCAUCCAUGCAGAAUCCAGAGGGAAAGAAAUGGCGCUUGUUUUAACUUCUCUCGCCUCAGAAUGCAAGUCAAAGGUGAUCAAGCAGGAGAAUGGCUGGGGAAAGGAAAGGAUGAGAAUUCUUUUCAGGUUUGGAAUGUCGGGCAAGUUCACGUUUGGUCCUGUGAAAGAUAUUCAUAAACAUGCACACUUGAACUUUUACACGAAAGACAAGCCGUUAAUGGUAUUGAGUUUUGUGGAUGUUAGAAGGUUGGUUUUUGCUUUACUUAGUACCAAUACUGCUGAAGCAGCUUCAGAAUAGCUUGGCUAUGUCUAGUUAGAAAAAUUACCCUCUAACCCUCAAUAUCCCUAUACAAUUUUUAAUUCUUCAGACUGAUCUCCCUACAGUUCCUUAAAAAAUUGGUCGAAAGAAUUUGAUGAAAGAUCAAAGCAUUUUCCCUGGGCUAAUUAUUUUAAUGCUGCGAGCAUUGGCUGGCAGCAAGACUAUUUGUGAUUGUCCAUAUGGGGCCUGGGCACUUCCAACAGGAUUAUUUGCAGAUGGGGCGAGGUGUGCACAAUUUUUUUUGUCCGUAUGGGACAUGGGCAUUUUUCCUCUCAAUCUGUCAGAGCCAUUUUUUCCUGAUAACAGGUUGAUUACUCUUUGGACUUAAAGGGUUAAUAUGGUACACUGUAUGGCCAGAAAGUGAAGUUUCCCCUGUAGAAAAUGACUGGUAUGGUUGUCAUAUCUUCUGGGACUAAUUAUUGUGGACUGGUACAACUUCGGGUGUUGUGGUAAAAAAAUGACCACUAUUAGAACAGAAAAUGAUGAAAAGUAUUUGUGCCAUAACUAAAUUUCUGGUACCCCUUGAGCAGGGCUUCUGAUAUUUCAUGCAGUCACAGAGCUGCGAAAUUCAGGUAAAUCUGCGAAAUCCCAUGUUCACAAAACAUGCAAAAUACUGCAAAAUUUGCUAAAAAUCUAUCAACUACAUAUUGAAGGUGAAUUUGCCCUCCUCAAUGUAUUAUAACAUAAAAACAUUAAUAUUUAGUACUUGCAGAGUGUGAAAAUGUACCUUAAAAAAUUAGAUAGUACUCAAUAUCUGAAAUUAAUUUACUUUGAUAUAAACUUUGAUGUUAUUUAUAUUAUUGUUCUUUUCAGGUUUGGCCGAUGGGAGCUGACAGAUGAGUGGUCGAAAAAUCGAGGCCCUGAUCCUAUGUUUGAGUAUAAGGAAUUUAGAUCAAAUAUUCUUGACAGCCUAGAAGAUAAAAUUUUUGACAAGCCUCUGUGUGAAGUCAUGCACAAUCAAAAAUACUUCAAUGGAAUUGGAAACUACCUCAGAGCUGAAAUAAUAUUUAGGUCUGUUACGAAAAAGAAUAAUAUAUUUUUUUGUAGUGAUGAAUACAUGUUAAGAGGGGGGUGAACAGGCCAAGGGACCGGUGGAUUUUGAAAAUAUUACAGCAGAGUGCAGAUUUAUCCAUCUUUUGGGCCCAGAUUUUGGACUUUGCGUGUAAAAAAAAUAUUUUUGCCCACAUUUCGGACAAAGGGUGAAAUUUUAACGGUGGAUUUAGUUAAUAAAUCAUAAUGGGUUGGUGGAUUUACCUACCCCUAUUCACCCCCCUCAUGUAACAAUAUGAUUUUCAUAUAGACGAAUGAACAAAAAAAAUAAAAAAUGCUAAAAAAGAUCAUAAUUUGCAGUAAAGGAUGCAACUUAUGCAGUUGCAAAAAGAAAGCCUGAAAAAAGUCAGGCUUGCCGGGAUUCGAAUGCUGACUUCUGCAAUACCUGGCAGAACUCUAAGCAAUUGAGCUAACAAGUCAACUGGGAGCUGGUUAUUAAAUUGGUGCUGUUAAGCAAGUGUACAGGUUUUUGAUUUUAAGAUCUAAUGUGCUUCUGAAAUACAUGCUUUUGGUUUGUUUGUGUAUCAGAUCUGGCAUUCCUCCUUUUACUUGUGCGAGGUCUGCACUUGAAAAGCUGAGAAUAAAGCAGGAGAAUGAUGUUUCUGAGGUAAAUAUUUCAUGAAAGAUGUGUUUGAUUUGUUAUGCAGCAAGUUACAGGUAUAUGCCGGGUUUGUACAGAGUCCUGAAUUCUCGAGGAAGUGCUGAAAUUUGCCCAGCAAUUUUCCAGACCUGAAAAAAGUCUGGAAAAUGGAGAUAAAGUAUGGAAAAAUAGUAAAAAGUCUUGAGUUUUUUUUCUUGUAUUCAAAGCUACAACAAGUGCUAAUUAGAAGUGAAAUAUUAUCUGUUUUGGUGAAAUCUUAUUCAAUAUUGCCUGUGCGUUCACGGCACACCAUGCAAAAAGCUUUGUUCCUGCAUUUUUUAUGUCUCUAUUGAUCACCUAAAGCAUCUGAUAACCUUGAGUCUGGAAAAAGAAAUUAUUGUUUUGUAGAAAAGUCUGGAAAAAGUCUUGAAUUUUGGAUCCAAAAAUCUGGACGGAUCCUGUACAUAUUUUACAGGUCAAAUUUUAUUUCAGGUUUAUUUUGAUUAAACCAAGGUUGAUUCUCAAUUUCCAGUGUCUCCUAGCCCUAGAAGACAACGGAAAUUGAGAAUCAACCUAGGUUGAAAAAUUUUUUAACCUUAAAUCAAAUUUGACCUGUAACAUAUACAUUGGACACAGCUUUAAUGAAACCUGGAUCAAAUCAACCUUCAUUACUGUAUCCCUAAUAUUUGUCAUUAGUGACAUAUAUACAGAGGUUAUUUCAAUCCAGUUUUGCUGAUGGCUGAGGAGAGGUGCUAUGUUAGGGGCAAUUAUAUAUAAUAAAUUGUUAUUACAGUUUGUCUUUUAAAACUAGUGAUUAUGCUUACACAUGUUGAGAUAAUUAUGUUCAGUAAGGGAAGAGUUUCUGAUAUCGGAUCUUCAUUGACCAAUCACGCUAAAAAACAGAGUUUAACUCCAUCAACUGAUGUGCACAAUUAUCCUAAACUCUGAUGAUCUGGACCUGGUUUCUCAAAAGAUGGUUAAGUUUAACCCAAGAUUAAGCCAAUUUUUAAGCAUGGUUUUCUUGUCUAAGAACAUGUAACUCGAGCUUACAAAAUACAUUUGGGCUUUUACUCUGAGAUAUAGUUAUGAUAACACAAAUGUUACUCUAAGCAAUGCAUAGGAAGGUAUGGGGAACAAAAUUUCAAUCCUGGGUUAGCACUAAUCGGCCUUAGAGGAACCGGGCCCUGUACUACAUAGGUUGUUGAAACGUCACCCAUCAAUCACUUCCAACAACAGUCCUAUACAGCUGUACUUACAGUUGUAGUAAAUUAUGUGCACAUAAAAUUUUACAUUCAACUUUUCUCCUGUUUUGUUUUUUUUCCUUCUCUUCUAGAUCCACAAUCACAAGAAAGUCAAACAUGAAAACUGUCUGGACAUCUUAGAACUAUGUAAUCUGGUACCCAAAGAAGUUAUUAAUCUGCGUAAGUGUUUAAUUGAUCUUCUUAGAGCAGUUUUCAUUUGAGUGUCGAAAAGUAAUUGGUUUUGCACUUUCUACACGAUGCGAUUGGCUUAAAAGAUUCGCGCCACCUUUUCAUCCAAUCAGAAGUAAAACCAAAGCCAAUUGUGACGCGCUUGCAUGCAUUUUCCCGCGCUUUGCGUCAGCCACAUGUAAUUACUUCGAGUUUUGAUUGGUUCAAUGUAUUGUCUGUGUCCUAUGUGAUUGGCCAGAGUAAUUGCUUUGGUUUUGGUUUUACAACACUCAAACGAAAACCACUCUAUUAAUAAGCAGCUAAAUACAACCUAAAAAUUCUGCCUUAUGAUCAAUUCUCUACUGUAAUAAUUACAGAGAAAUUUCACUAUUCAAGGACUAGAGAAAUCACAGUAUUGAGCAAAACAACUUUUCAUUGAGAACAGUUGAUUGCAACUUGAUAUUAUGCUUUACUGUGAUCAGUAGAAAACCUUUGCAGUGUGGUAGCAUUUGGUUAAAUACCCUUUCACACCUCAAAGUGGCUGAAGAAAAAAAUUCCAUGAAAAAAGUCCUUAACAAAUAGCUAGCACUUUGCAAAAGUUCUGCAAAAGAGGUUUCAUUUGAAUGGUAACACCACAGAAUUCAUCCACAGAUUCAGAAGUCAGAAGGUCCACCUUGUAAAGCUUAGUAAACAGUACCACUGGAAAGUAUUGCUUCGAAGCUUUCAUUUAAAUGGUCGAACUUAUGGAUUUCAUCCACAGAUGCAGAAUAAUAAUAAUAAUCCAUUUAUAUAACGCCUUUUCUACAAGAUUCAAAGGCACAGAAUUAAGAAUUAUGACAAAUAAUCCCGCCGUAAUGAUGUUUUCGAGGGAAAGGCUCAAUGGCCUUACAGUUAAUAUUUUUCCAUAUUCUUUACACUGUAAAAAAUAUAAAACUUGAAAAUAAUAAUAUUCUUUCCUGUUAGAAUUCAAAAGUUUGUUCAUUUGAAUACAUGUAGAUUAAGUUGUUUUAUAGUUCACUGAAUUUCUCAACUUUCAGCUGGCAAAGGUUAUGACCCGUCAGGAAAUCAUUCAGAUUACUCUGGCUUCACCAAAUGGCUUCAGUGCUACUACAAUUCUGAGAUGAGAAACCUGGUUGAUCAUGAUGGGAGGACCAUGUGGUUCAAGGUCAUCAUUGUUUUUUUUGCUUUUCCAUAAAUCAAACUUAUGCUGGCUUUAACCGUGUGGCACAAAAUUUUUGCGGGACGUUUAUUUUUGCAGAUUGGCGAUUUUAUGUAUUUUGCGGGAACUAAGUUUUGCAAUUAGGACAGAUUGGUUUUUCUUGCUGGAAAUUAAUUUUUGCGAUUUUCAGAAAGUCCCAGACAAAUCAAUGAUAAUAUUUUCGUUUUUAUUGAGGAUGUGCAAUGAAAUAAUAAAUAAUUGCAUAUGAUGUUUUUCAAACAAUACUACGGCAUGCUUACCCUAUGUAAAACCAGUGACAGAGUUUUGCUUGUCAUUUUGAGACAAGUUGUAGUUGAACAGACACAAUUUCUUAGAAAGUAUUUUUUGUAGCGAGUUUAAGUUAGAGAAUAUUUACUCUGGAGUAAAUUUUUGCGGGAAAAUUGUUAAUUUUUGCAGGAACUUAUUUUUACAGAUCAUUGAAAAAAAUCGCAAAAUUAGAACCCACAAAAAUUUCGUACCACACAGUAUUUGAUGUGCCAUUUAAGCUUACCUGAGUAAUUCGAUUUGUUUCUCUGUUUCCAAUUAGCCAAGUUUUCCAUUGCCCUAGUCUAGAAUUUUUUCCAAAGGGGAUAAGUGCAAAAUGAGUGACAGUAAUUUUAUGAGAAUUCCCUUGUAAUGUAAAUAAUAAAAAAUUAUUAUUAGUAUAUAAAUAUUUAAUUCUUAUAUUCAUGCACAAAUGUUUGGCACUUAGCCUCAAUUAAUAUUGAAUUAAAUUUUAAGUCACUUGUACAUGUUUGAGCUGAAACAUGUCUUUGUUUACAACAAACAGCAAACAAUAAUAAAUUUCAUCAACUUAAUAUCUCUCCUUCCAAAAUUGUUUCGGAAACAAAUGAUCUUGCUCUCUUCUUUUUGACAGGGUGAAGCUGGACCAAUGGUACCCAAAGGUGAGGGCAAAGUUAUCUAAUGUGAACACCCUUAAGAUUCGAUAUAAUUUGAAUCAUGGUCAUGUCAUAGUUGAUCAGAGAACACUCCUAUGUGUCUUCCUCCUUAAUUAUUUCAGCAGUAAGCUCAGACAUCAGCAUGCAAGGGCACCACUGGCUGCCUGAUUAUCAGUUCAUGUAUUUAUUUGUCUACUCAUAGUUAUUAGAGAACACUGGUCAUGAAACACAACAAAUAUCAAAGAUAAAAACAAUGGUACUGCAGUUUAUGGUGGAAGCUCCCCGAAUAUGAACAAUCCUUUGUUUUCUGGUGGUAAAUUGUGAUGGAAUAAAUUAAUGAGACGUGUUUAUUGGUCAAUAAGAUUAAAAUGCUAGUAAUGCUAUCGAACAUUGUACACUGUCAGGUCCACAAAAACAUAUAACAAAGGAGUCUGACAGGUUUCAUAACCAUUCCAGUCGGGGGCCCAGCCUUCCAGUCUAUUAACUAUGGUCGACUGUCACCCCACCACUUACGAUCAUAUGUACGAAAUGUGAGGUGAUAAAAAAUGUAGAGGGGACCACACCAGUGCCACCAGAAAAUAAGAAAGGGUCAACAGUGGUUGAAUGGUUGGUUAACUCUCUCUUCCCUUGAUCUGUCAUCAUGUCCUUUCUGGGUUGGGGAAUACAGUGCAUUUAUAAUGGUUCAUUUUAAGGAGGAAUACACCGUGAAGGGGGGGGAGACACCCAUAUGAAAGGGGAAGGUAUGCUUGUUGGAAAUUUUGAAUGCAACCCCUUUCAUAUGGGAGCCCCUUUCCCGGGGGGAAUACACGUACACGAUGAUCUUAACACUGGAACAUUUCAAAGGAGUGGAACUAGAAUGUCUGAGCAGUAGAUAAGAGAGGAAGGAGCAUUAUUAUUAAAUCCUACUGAAAGGGCAUAUUAAGUUUUAUUAGAACAACAUUUUUAAGAAAAACAGGUUUUCAGCCUAUCUUCAAGGCUUUUACAAGAAUUAAAUUGAUUGAUUAUGUCUAGAGGCAAAAUCAAGAGGGAUGCAGAAAUCUAGGAAGAGGAAGAGAAAAGAAGACAGUGGAGAACAAGACAAUGAUACAAACAUCAAAGUGGUAGGUUAAUAGUUUUAUAUGUAACAAUAUCAGAUAGGACUUGUGCAAAGGUACCACUCAUUCUGCCUGGAAAUCCUUCAUCUAUCAGGCACAAUUUUCAUUAAAGAAGUGUAAUUUAUCCUUGAUUAAUUGAAUCCAACCAAAAUAGUGACAUAGUUACAUCCUUUAUUUUUACAUUUGCAGCUUUGUCAAUGAAAGAUCUAUUGUUCAGUGCUAUAGUUUAGAGUUGCUUGCACUUUAUUUGUAAACUGUCUGACAGGCAAAUGUGUUAUGUUGUUACAGGAGCAGUCUUCUCCUAAGAAAAAGAAAACAAAAGCAGCACCAGUUAAAACAAAGAAAAAAGGUUUGUCAUAUAACAGUCACCACGGAUCAUGGAUGUAGCAAAAGGACUAAGUCGGGUUAUUUUAUACAAUUUCAGCACUUAUAUCAAACAAUCACAGAAUAUCUGCAAACUGUAGAAAAACAUAUAAGAUAAAAUUGAUAUGAAAGGCCUGUGAGCUGGCUCUCUUGUGGAGUAGAGAACAGAGAAAGCUAGGAGGCAGACAGCGAGCCUCUUCACUUGCUAAGUUUUUAGCAAAAAGCCAAAAAGCAUGGAUGGAUAAAGUUUGCAUAGAUUUAAAUGAGUUACAUGAGGGAAAACUUGAAAAAGCAGUCCCAGCUUGUUGCUUGCUUACAGUGCUUGGGAUUUGUUGAUAGAGAGAUUAAGAAUCAAGUUUACUGUGAACAUCACAUUCAAGUUGGCGCGAUUACCCAAGUUAAGAAAUGAGCUUAUAAAAACUUUCCAAAUUAAUUCAACUUGUGGAAACAAUAAUUAUUAUAGAUGGCAAAACUAGUUAUUCAAAAUUAUUUUAUUGUUCCCUGAAAUAACAGUACUAUAAUACCUCUUAGCUUUAACAUUAUUGUUUGCUAUUUUCCUUUGUGGCAGAGAACAGCAAGAAAAAGGUCAUUAAGAAACAGUGCAAAACCAAAACACCAGUGUCGAAGGUGAUUGUUUUAGAACUUAUUAUAGUUUGCAGUAGUCAUAUACCAAACAAUUUCAACAACAUUGUUGAGAAAUUUUAAAACAUUUUUUCAAGGGACACAUUAUUUGUAAUAUGGAAAAACACGAAGACAUUACUAAAUCCAAUCUGAAAAGAAGGAAGCUUUCAACAUUCACAGAUAACAGAAUACCAGCUACAAUAGGUGUCAAAAAUUAAUAGCUGAUGCACUUGGGCACAGUCACUUAUGAGAGUUGGUCUUUGAUGAGCAGUUUUAAUUACCAUAAAUUCUCUAUUAAGUUCCUCCCUCUCAAAUAAGCCCCCCCCCCUUUUUCAGGGGAAGAAAUUUAAUACCCCCCACCCCCCUCUUUGUUAAGCCCUCCGUCCUCUCCUGGUUUAUUUACCAACUGGAAGGUCGGAUUUGUUCUUUGAUCUUCAGCUGCAUCACCUCCAACUUCUUGUAUUUGAGCUUUUUCACUUUGCAUUAUAGUUCUUUAUUAAAUUAAAUAAGCCCCUUGUCUCAAAUAAGCCUCCCCCUCUCUCAAAUGGCCUGAAGUAAGUAAUCCCCCUGCUCUGGGGGGCUUAAUGGCGGGUUUACGGAAUUAAGAUUUGACUGGGAAAAUUUUGUUGGUAUGGAUAGGUGGUCGGUUAUGGGAAGUGGUCACUCAAGAGAGGUGGUCACGCAUGGAAUUUUGACUGUAUAAGCUUUUGGGAAACUGCCGAGCUACCCCUUUCCUUAAACCAAUGUUUAUACUCACUUUUAGAGCAAAAUGUUGGAUUAGGGGAGGAUUAGGCGGGCAGGUUUUCAGACUCUUUAAUGGAUCCAUUAAAGUAAAUUUUUCAUCCCCCACUUACCCUCCCUAGACAGUGAUGCUCUUUGACAAGAUACCUGCGAGAAAUAACAAACAAGGUUGCCUUGGUUGUGGAGGGAGAAGUUCACAUUUUAUUAUUAUUAUUAUUAUUAUUAUUAUUAUUAUUAUUAUUAUUAUUAUUAUUAUUAUUAUUAAUUUUUAUUUACUUAUCCUUUUUAUGUUAAAUAUAUCCGAACCUGACUAUCAGACAUUACCACGCCCAAAAACAACCGAAAUGAAAAUUCAAAGCAAGGAUAGAGUUGAACCACAAAAUAUACGGGAAUGUCGUUUGUAGCAUGACAAAUGUUAUGUUUUCUUUCUCUAAACAGAAAGAACCUGUCAGAAGAAGUCUUCGCAUUAAAAGAGCCCGAGAGAGGGACGGCUCGUAA